AUGCCGAAACGAACGCUCGAGGAGAUGGAUCAUCAAAGUGCCCAGGUCUCUACGCCAGACCUCGCCCACAGCAAGAAGAAGCGAAAGGCCAAAACUGCCAAAGAGGCCACAGAGCAGGAAAAUACCGUCGACAGCGUCGAGGAAACCAAGGCAGAGCGAAAGGAGAGGAAAAGGCUGAAACGGAUGAAAAAACUGGGAGAGACUGAGACCGAGGGAAAACCGCACAAUGGCAUCGAGGCAAUUAAUCCCAUCGCGCAUCAAGAGGAGUUGGAAGCCUCAGAUCAAAUCACGGAUGCAAAGGCGGCGAAAAAAGCGGAUAAGGCAAAGUCAAACGCACUGAAAAAGGCUGAGAAGAUGAACAAGGAUCCUAAUGCUAGCAAUGGCGAAGGUCUCUCAGCUGCGAUUUUACCAGUGCAUAAUGAGAGUGCUUCAAAUGGUACCGCGCUGUAUACCGAAAAUGCUGAACUAAGCGCCAUGCCUCAAGCAGAAAUAGACAAAUUCCUCGCAGACAAUUUCAUCUCGAUCAAAGACCCUCUUUCGAAGACAAACCUACGACCUAUUUUAAAGUUUUCUUAUCUACCAUCUGACAACGCUGCGCAGUUAACGCCCUUCAAGUCCUUUAAAGCGCCGACACCUAUACAGGCUGCAGCAUGGCCAUAUCUUUCUGCUGGCAGGGACUUGAUUGGGGUCGCAGAGACCGGGUCUGGGAAAACCAUGGCAUUUGCAGUGCCUUGUGCCCGUCACAUUUUAUCUCUGCCGGGCGGAAAGAACAAAGGCCCCAGAGCCGUCAUUAUAUCGCCUACCCGAGAACUAGCAAUGCAGAGCUAUGAACAAGUUAUGCUACUUGCUAAGGUCUCGGGGCUCCAGGCCGUCUGUGUUUACGGAGGUGUUCCAAAAGAUGAACAACGGCGAGCGCUUCGGACAGCUGAUAUCGUGGUUGCCACCCCCGGCCGUUUGAACGAUCUAAUAAAUGAAGGCUGUGCAGAUUUGAGUAAGGCAAAGUAUGUCGUGCUCGAUGAGGCUGACAGAAUGCUUGACAAAGGAUUUGAAGAAGAAAUCAGAAAGAUCAUCAACACUACCUCCACCGAAAGACAGACUUUGAUGUUCACGGCAACAUGGCCCGAGUCUGUUCGUGCUCUUGCUUCGACUUUUAUGAAGACACCAUUGCGCAUCACCAUUGGGGAUAAUCCAACAGGAGAUCUUAGAGCCAACGCAAGAAUUGUGCAGAAAGUUGAAGUGGUUGACCCUAGGAAUAAGGAGUAUCGUCUCAUGCAACUCCUCAAACAAUACCAAAGCGGUGCGCAAAAGGACGACAGGAUUCUGGUUUUCGCCCUUUAUAAGAAAGAGGCAACUAGGGUCGAGGGUUUCAUUCGAUCAAAAGGGUUCAGAGUCGCAGGAAUUCAUGGUGAUUUGAGCCAGGAGCAAAGGACGAGAAGUUUAGAGGCUUUCAAGCAGGGUGGCACACCAAUUCUUGUGGCCACUGAUGUUGCAGCUCGAGGUUUGGAUAUUCCUGCGGUCAAGCUUGUGAUUAACUGUACAUUCCCACUCACUGUGGAAGAUUAUGUCCACCGGAUCGGACGUACUGGGCGCGCAGGAAAGGAGGGACUUGCAAUUACACUUUUCACCGAGCAUGACAAAGCACAAAGUGGAGCUCUGAUUAACGUUUUGAAGGCAGCAAAUCAACCUGUCCCGGACGAGUUGCUCAAAUUCGGUACGACGGUGAAGAAGAAGGAGCACAGCGCCUACGGUGCGUUUUACAAGGACACCGGCAGCGAGGAUAAAGUAGCGCAGAAGAUAAAGUUCGACUGA